AUGGAAUCGCUGCAAAAUCAAGAGGAGAAUCAGCAACUGACAAAAGAGCUCAAACACAAGGAAGGAGCAGCUGCAAAAGAAGGUGAUCUAAGGAUUAUUCUCCUGGGUAAAACUGGAGCAGGAAAAAGUGCAACAGGAAACACAAUCCUGGGCAGAAAUGCAUUUAAAGAGACCAGUGAAAUAUGUGAGAAACAGAAAGGAUAUGUGGAUGGGAAGAACAUUGUUGUAUUUGACACUCCGGGACUAUUUAAUGCAUCUAUCACAAAAGAGCAAGUAAAGGCUGAAAUAGAGAGGUGUGUAGAGAUGUCUGCUCCUGGUCCUCAUGUGUUCCUGCUGGUGAUCAAACUGGGGGUUAGAUUCACAGAAGAAGAGAGGAACUCAGUGCAAUGGAUUCAGGAGAAUUUAGGAAAAGAGGCUUUGCUUCGUACCAUCAUUCUGUUUACUCACACUGAUCUGCUGAAGGGUACAUCUUUAGAGGAGUACGUCAGGAAAAGCCACUAUUUACCAAAACUAGUUGAUAGUUGUGGUGGCAGAUAUCACUCAUUCAACAAUGAAGAUAGAAACAAUCAAUAUCAGAUCACAGAACUGCUGCUGAAGAUCAAUGCAUUGACGAGAGAAAGUGGAAUGAGGCAUUACACUCCUGAGAUGUUCAGAGCAAUCCAGACAGAGAUUACAGGGAAAGACGGAAUGAAGUUAAACAUUACACAUAUUUUGAGUGUUAUCAUAGUGAUAGUAGCUAUAUUUCUAGGAGCACAGCAGUGGAACAAUAAGCUUCAAAAGGAGGAAGAGAGACUGAAAAAUGACAUCGAACAGAUGGAAAAGGAGGUGAAGCAACUGAAAAAUGAGCUCCAAGAGAAUAAACAGAGGGAGCAGCAUCUAAAACUAGAUCUCCUACAGAAAGAACAAGAGGAGCAGACACUGAAAGAGAAGAUUCAGAAGAAGGAACAAGAGGAGAAUCAGCUGAGAAAUGAGCUCUCACAAAAGGUAGAGGAUGAGAAGGACCUGAGAAACAAGAUAGAAGAGAAGGAACAAGAGGAGAAGCAACUGAGAAAUGAGCUCUCACAAAAGGUAGAGGAUGAGAAGGACCUAAAAAACAAGAUAGAAGAGAAGGAAAAGGAGGAGAAGCAGCUGAGAAAUGAACUCUCACAAAAGGUAGAUGAUGAGGACCUGAAAAACAAGUUACAAGAGGAGAAGCAGUUGAGAAAUGAGCUCCGACCGAAUGAAAGGGAAAAGCAAAUGAAAAAUGAACUACAGACAGAAGAGAAGCAGCUAGAGCUAGAACAUAAGCUCCAACAGAAAGAACAGGAGAAUCAUCCCCUAAAAAAGCAGCUAAUACAGAAGGAACAAGAGGAGUUGCAGCUAAAAAAUGAGCUGCUACAGAAGGAACAGGAGAAGCAGAAGCUAAAAAAGAAGCUGCUAGAUAAGGAACAAGACGAGUUGGAGCUAAAAAAUGAGCGGCUACGGAUGAAACAGGAGAAGCAUCAGAUAAAAAAAGAGCUUGAACAGAAUAAACAGAAGAAGCAGAAGCUGGAAAAUGAAUGCUUACAGAAGGAGCAAGAGAAUCAGAAGCUGAGGAAUGAUCUCCAACAGAAGGAAAACGAAAAGCAGCAGCUGGAAAAGAAGCUCCUACAGUAUAAACAGAAGGUGUAG